AUGGAGAUCGAUGACUUGCUCCCUCGCUCCGACGAAGACAAGUUUUGUAGCUUGCCAUUUGCAGAACGAUUGGAAAAGCUCAAGCCUAUCAUCGUCGAAUUAUAUACGGGAAACUAUGGACCCGGCGGCAAGCGUAUGGUGAUGCGCCAAGUGGUCGAGUUUAUGAAGGACAAAUAUUCUUUCCAUAUCGCACAGAACCAACUCGAAUAUUCGCUUCGUAAAUGGAAUAUUCGCAGGCGCAUACUGAAUCGUGAGAAAGACGAUGUUACUGUUGCCCUUGGCAAAAGGACUCGUGCUGGAACAAGCACUUCUGAUGUUACACUUCAAGAAGGCAAACCCGUGGAUAAGAAACAACUCAAGAGAUAUCUCCAAGAUAAAAUUCGUCGCCAUGUGGUAGAGCCCAUGGUACCAGGAGUACUAAGUUCAUGGAGGCUCCCUUAUAGCGCUUUCAACAACUUGAUAUUCCGACAGCUAGAUAUCUCCUCCCCGGCUGCGGCCAUUACCCCGAACUACAUAACAGUCAACAGCCCAGAGAAUACCACUGGCACUUCCCCACAAGCCAUGGCGUCGCCAUCGAUGCAGCUUAUUCGUCAAAGAUUUAGACAAGAUCUGUCAAACCUAUUCUUGCAGGGACAAUUUAAAGAGUUAUUUUUAAAAUGUGGCAAAGAAGAUCGCAUAGCCAUGAUAGAUUAUAUGCACGAGUUCUGGAUUCACACUUUCGUCACAGCCAAAUACUGGGGACGCGGGCCCCUGAUGUGGACAUUUGAUAUGAUAGCAGAAUUGACUCUUAGCCCGUCAGUGAUUCCCUCCUCGGCGCCUGCAACUCCAACGAUCGGUUUUGCACCUUCGCCUCUACUGUCUCACGACGAAGCAACGUUUUUGCCUAUGCCUUCGCAGCACUGCCGAUGGGUUAUUCAUGUCAGCAGAGAACACCUAUACUUUAGCAGAGAGGAAGAUGAGAUGACGACCAAUUCUAAUCACCCUCUGGAGAAGCCGUGGUCGUUGGCGGAACGUACCGACCAUUCCUUUCCCCAGUCAAUGCAACAAUCAAUUACGGAAAACACAUUCACUUCUUCAUCACCUGAGAAUUUACCAGUCUCUAAUUCAUUAAUCGCCGAGUCACUGCGAACAGAUCCGAGUUCACUGCAAUUAGAGUCUUUGAGAUUCGCGAUAAUGGCUGGGAACAUAGAAUUGGUGGAAUCAAUUCUUUUAAAGAAAGUGUUAGAUCGAGGAUUCAUUGAGUCUCUCAAAGAAUUACACCCUUACCACCUCGCAGCUACCUACUUGGAUGGCGGUAAUACGUGCUGUUCUCUGCUCAAUACACUUGUCGAGUAUAUUGAAGACGAAUAUCCGGUCGCUAAAAAUUACGAGGACAUCAUGGGACAUACAAUCCUUGAUAGCUUGGUAAUCUCUAUUAUACGUUCACAUACCCGUGUUAGCCCAAGAGACGUCAGCUCCAGCUUUAUCGACACACAUGCGUAUCCUGGAGAAGAAAAAGAUCCAUGUGGUCGAUGGGAUGCAGAUUCUCCAGCAAUUCGCCAUCUCUUUCAACGUGGCAAAUACCGCGUUCCCUUUAACUGGAAACAUCCCUUUUGUCACAGCUCCGUUCAGGCUGUUUGUCACAGCAUGAUGAAGCUUUUCGCUCCUGGAGAUUAUAUACCCCAUAUCGGCCGCCCCAGCGGACUAUUCAUUCGACACUGCGUCUCUUGCGGUACCAAACUAUCACUUGGAACCCUUCACUUGAUAGUGGUAUUGACAUACCAUUUAGCAGAUUCAGGCAUCCAAGGCGAAACGCUAUUUGGAGCCGUCGCGAUGCUAGUCUGUCUAUUAAGGCUAGGAGCAAAUGUUUCACUACAGGAGGAGGUAUCAUUCGAUGAAAUAUUAGGGCUCACAUCCGCGACUGGGUGUCAUCAUGCAAGAUUAGACGCUGAUGGUUUUAUGCAAACAGUCCCAGCCGCAACUAUAGAUCGCUGGAGCCCCGAAUGCCAGAUUGGAUGGCAUUGCAUGCGUGGAAUCUUGCAGCUAGCCAAAUCUGGCAAAAUAUACUGCCUAAAUACCGAAGCCAGUGAACAGCCAGACCUUGGAGAUCAACUCAACUCUAUGAAUGUUGAUGGUGAUGAGGGUGAAGACAGCGAUGAGGGUGAAGACAGCGAUGAAGGCGAUAAUGCUUCGACAAUAUCUACGGCUACGUGUCCGCUGGAAGACUUUCACGCGGAUCCUGAUUUUCCCUGCGGAAAUCCACAACUCGGUCUCGUUUGGGCAGUUAUUCAAACUGAGAUUCUUACUUAUCGAAAGAUUGAAGAUUCGGAUCCUUGGGUCUCCGAUAACUUUUCCAUGGGUGCGCUUAAAAAGUGGCUACGAGGAGAAUCAGUGGAGCUCAAGAUGCCUCUUGUGCAAAGAGACAUAUUAAAAGCGCAUACCAUCUGUGGAUGGGUUUACACAAGGUCUUUCCCGGUCAACACCGCGGAGGAUGUCACUAAGCAGCAUAUCAUGAAUAUGGAUAUAAACCGGAAUCUGUACAAUCGAACAUCGUUUCGCGCUUAA